CUCUCUCACACUUUCUAACGAGCCAUUUCACAACAUCCAGACAGCAGAUCGGCCGCACGCUGCAGCAGCAGCAGCAGCUUCGCCCUCGGGGCUUUUUCUUUUUUCUCUCCCUGACGUGGAGCAUAACUAACCAUUUGGAUUCAACGCGCAGAUUGGCUGGCAAUUAUUGGACUUGAAUUGCCACCUUUCCGAUCGACCGAUAGUCAGAUGAGUUACGCGAUGGCUGAAGGUAUCUGAGUCCUCCUUCGGGUGCGAGAAGUGUCUUUUUUUCUUUCUUUUUUUAUAAAAAUGAAUCCCAACUAAAGAGAAAACAAACAAAAAAAACACUUUAAUUUCACCGAGAAGAAGAUCGGCGGACAUCAUGCCCAGAUUUGCGGAUUCAACACUCAGAGAGAAGCCGAGGGCGUUUGAUUUGGGAUUACAGGGACACACCGGACGAGUCGUUUUUUGAAAGGGGGAGAUUUCUUAGGAGUCGUCUCCCUCCCUCUCGCUCUCCCCCCUCCUCUCGCCCCUGUUCGCUGUCCUCCGGGUUCCUGCAGGACUCCAGAGUCGUGGAGAGCCCAUGCAGUCGCCAAGGGAGAGGAGCGAAGCGCGACCCCGAGCUGGAUGGAUGGUUAUGGGGGAAAGAGGGAGACCCUCGGCGCUUGACGUGUGCAGAGUCCUGGCGGUGUUUCUCUCGCUCUUCCCCUCCGCGAGCCUGCAGUGCAAGAUACUCCUGUGUAACUCCCUCUGGGCCUCCACCUCAAGCUCUGGUCCUGAGGAGGAGUUUUGCACGGCGCUGCGGGUGUACAACGGCUGCGUGCGCCGCACUGCCCGGACUUAGGGGGACCUGGUGUUCCACUCGGCCCAGCAUGGCAUCGAGGAUCUGAUGAGCCAACACAACUGCUCCCGGGAGGGGCCCACGUCCCAGCCCCGCGCCCACACCCCUCCCCCCCCGCCGCUGCUGCCGCCGCCGCCGCCGCAGCAGCAGCAGCCCGACAGCCAGGAGCGCUCGGACGGGCCGGAGGUGUGCCACUACGAGCGCAGCCUCAGCCGCAACACGGCGCCGCCCAACUACACCCACUGCGGCUUCUUCGGGGACCCCCACCUGCGGACGUUCGGGGAUGACUUCCAGACGUGUAAGGUGGAGGGGGCCUGGCCGCUCAUCCACAACAAGUACCUGUCGGUCCAGGUGACCAACACUCCCGUGGUGCCGGGCUCCUUGGCCACCGCCACGAGCAAGCUGACCAUCAUCUUCAAGAACUUCCAGGAAUGCGUGGACCAGAAGAUGUACCACGCGGAGACGGACGAGCUGCCGGCUGCGUUCGCGGACGGCUCCAAGAACGGAGGUGACCGGCACGGAGCGAACACUCUGCGGGUGGUGGAGAAGGUUCCCGGGCAGCACGUGGAGAUUCAGGCCCGGUACAUCGGAACGACCAUAGUGGUGCGGCAGGUGGGCCGUUACCUGACCUUUGCCGUGCGGAUGCCGGAGGAGGUGGUGAACUCGGUGGAGGAGGGCGACGACGACCAGGACCUGUACCUGUGUCUCCACGGUUGCCCGGCCAACCAGCGCAUCGACUUCCGCAACCUCAAGGCCCGAGCGGCGGAGGCCCACGGCGCGGGCCGGGCCAGGGGCGGCGAGGGGGCGCCGCGCGGCUUCACCUAUCAGUCCGCCAAGGCCAAGUGCAAGGAGCGGCUCCCGGUGGAGGACCUGUACUUUCAUUCCUGCGUGUUCGACCUGCUCUCCUCCGGAGACAUAAACUUCACCAUGGCGGCCUACUACGCCUUUGAGGAUGUAAAAAUGCUCCACUCCAACAGCAAGAGAUACCACAUCUUUGAAAAGGACGCUUUGAUGAGCAACGCAGGCCGGGGGGGCGACGGGUUUCUCCCACUUCUCCUCCUCCUCCUCAGCGUCCUGGCCGUCCUCCUGUGGGUUGAAUGCUGAACAGUUGGUCCAUGGCCGCGUUACGGCAGUAUCUUCAUGGUGUUUUCGUCAGUGAGUUGUUAGAGUACCGUCGCCGUGUCGCCCUCCUCGUCUCCUCCGGCUUCUGAUGGCUCGCCAAGUCAGGGUCCUCCCCCCCCUCCCCCUCUCCCCCGAGGCUCAUCCCGAUGUGUUGACUCCUGCGCAAUGACGAGGAGGAGGUCGCCGUACUCCCACCCAUCAUCACAUGUGUUUAGCUGGUUCAUACGGACGGGUCUUUGAUGACAGCGGCGGUGAGAGAGCCGAGGCUUCUCCCGAGCUCAGGAUGUCCACCUCCCGGAUUAAGUCCCACAUUCUCACCGGGCCUGCGUGUCUAGUGGAAGCCGCACGAGAUGAUCUUUUGCAGACAGAAGUUCGCUGAUCCUCCCUCUGCUGAUCCACCCAUUGGUGCCGAGCCAGUGGAGCUCUCCCAGGCUCAUGUGGCAGAGCGAGAGGACCUGACAGGGGCUUUUGUUAACCUAAAGCCAGAAGCUGCUCCAUGUUUGAUUAGUUUCCAGCUUUGGAAAAGGCCCGAGCCUUUUUGGAGGAAGCACUCAGCCAAAACUAUGUCAGAGCAGCGUCUCCAGUCGUCUGCUGCGGAGAUUAAUGGGUCAUAUUGUAAUAUAAUUGUGUGUGUGUGUGUGUGUGUGUGUGUGUGUGUGUGUGUGUGUGUGAGAGAGAGAGUGUGCAUUAGUAAAAUAUGUGUGCCGAAGCAUCUGUGGUUAAUUAUGUGCAUUGUGCGGUUCCAGAAGACAUUAUUCCCAUGUCUAUAGAACCCCAAAUUUCUAAAAUUGAAAAGACGAGGCGCUCGGUGAAUACGGCCUCGGUCUGCCAAGUAGAGAGUUCCAAAAAAAAAAAAGAUGAUGAUAAUAAUAAUACAAAUCUCUUUUCUGUGUCUUCCAGACCAUCACACCGUUGUUCAGGCCGUGUUUUGUAUUUCUAGGUCUGUAAUGUGAAUGUUGCUUGAUGUACCUUUAUUGUGCACGCGGCGUUCACAGGAUGUACAGCGACCCGUCACACCGUCACACCCCAACACCCCUCGGGCGGCAUUUUGUGAAUUUAACUCUGGAUUCGGAGUCUGUGGUGUGGAUGCUGUUGGUGUUCGCUGUAAAGACGUCCCUCUCCAGCAGGUUGAGCAUUUUCGUAGACCUGACAGUGUUUUCCGUGUCCCCCACCCUCCCCCCCCUCGUGCCAACGUCUGAGCAGCAGCAGUAGUUUGGGUUUUAGCAGUCGCACCUUUUUUUUUUUUUUUUGCUUUUCUCGUGUGUCCCCAAAGCGUUUCCGUUGGCCACUCUGGUGCCACGAGUCCCCGGUGCAGAUACAGGCACUACUGUGACAGCGUUUCAACGUCAUUCAUCCUCUACACUGAAGUGUUUGGCAGACCUUACUGCUGCUAUUAGGAACACGUUAUGGUGCAGUUUGACAACAACAACAAAAAAGCUCACACAAAACAAAUGAUUGUAAUGUGGAAUCUUGUGUUAAUAGAUUGUGUUGUGAGAUUUACAGUAUAUAGUUCUACAUUUGAAAUGUGAGGUUGUACAUACGUUUUGUGAGUUGGAAUUUGUAUUUUGUUGUGUUUGGAAUUAAUCACUCGUUUUGUACAUCAGAUGUUUCGGUGAAUGUGAACAUUUUCUUUUAAUUUUUUUAUUUAAAAAGGGAUUUUCUUGCAAAAACAUGAACACCACAGGGCAAAAUAUUCUUUACUUCAUCCAGUUUACCCGCCUAGUAGUUACGGAUGAAGUGAUAAAAUGCUGGUUGUCAUCACUUUACAUUUAAGAAGGGAAAAAAGAAAGAAGCUAAAUGCAUAUUCAUGGGGUGUUCAGGUUUUUGAGUUUAAAGCACUUUAUGUUUUCUUUUCCAUUUAGCUCUUAUUUCAUUUGAAUUUCUCUCAGACUUGUAAUGGUAGAAAAGAGUUUUCAAAUUACUGAAAAUGCCAGAAAGAUCAAGCUGUUUGUAUGUAAAGUGAAUGUGGUGCCACACGCCAGCUGUUUAUAAUGUAAAUUAUUUAUUGAAUAAAAGAAAAUGUCUUGUUUAA